UUGGCGGCACAUGUACUGCUCCACAAUCCGAGCAUGGCACGGCCAUCGACGGCGAAUGUCGUCUUUGGCAGCGACUACGAUGAGGAUACGUUGAAGCUAAUGGAGCUACCGAACGACGUCUGCGAUGCACUGACGAAUGGAGAUGACGUGUACAUCGUUGGAGACGCCGACCAGCGAGCUGUGCUGUGCACCCCGACCCAGAGCUACUACCUCGUCAAGGAAGACCAGUCGAACCUGCGCAUGCUCGUGGAUUCGUGUGAGUGGGAAAAUGCCGCUUCGAAUGUCGACAUCACGAUUCGAGGGUGCUCCGUCAGCCACUACGAAUUAGCGGAGAAACAGUUGAAUGUGAGUGAGCUCAAGGCGUUGCUCAUGCUGGCGCCGUGGACCAAGGCUUGGUGCGCCAAGUCGCUCGCAUCGUCCCCAGCGACAAAGAAACCUCGAUCGACUCCAUCCAACUUGUACACCCUCGGCGACCUCAUGGACAAGCUUCAGCACAGCGCCCAUGAAGUGGCGCAGAUCUUGCACCAACUUCGUGCAGUGUGCAUUGACGGGUAUUGGCGCCUUGUCGAUCCAUCGUACACGCACGACGUCAUGCAAGAAAUUUUGGACGUCAUAGUGCAGCAAGAUUGGGACCUUUCGACCACGUUCUCCGUCGAACUGUUCCUCGAGCAUCUCCCUGGCGUAACCCCUGUCAUUCUCGCUCACACGCUUGGCCUUUUCAGCUCCGAUCCUUCCAGCCACAGUCCGUUGGACCCGUUCAAAUUGAGUCCACCCAAAGUAGCAGCAUUCCAAGCGACGUCCCUCUUCCAAGAACGCAAAGAGUGGCCGAUGGCUGACUUCAUGGAGCAGUGGGGUUUCCGUGUGCCUGAAGGAGUCGCCAUCGACCCGUCGUUGCUGCUUGGCAUCGCCAUCCUCCGCACGGGAGCGCCACCCAGCGGCGUCGAUACCCUCGUGUACUUCCCCGAGUCGGCGCUCUCGAUCGACCCGAAGACGCGAUUCCAAGAAAUGUUUGCGUUCCAGCCCAAGUGGACUCUUGCCCAGCUCGAGCCGUAUCUGCAGCAACUCGUGACGGGAAAGCUGACCCAGGCGGCGCUCUUGCUCAAGUACACGCGGGCAUCGCGGGUCCUCUACUCACCACAUCGACUCUACAGCAAGCGAUAAGGGCCGACCCCGAUCAACGUCUCUGUCCGUGCACUUGUUGAAGUAGUCGGUCCCAUCGACACGACGCCAACAAUGCGCCACGCAAACGUGCCGCGCCGAUGGACAUGCGAGUGUGCAUCGAGAACACAUCCUGUUCAGUUCGACAUUGCUCCAUCGAGUCAAGCGAGUUGGAGAAACGGGGCUGGACGACUUGCUUGUACGACGCAGUCACAUGCGCGGAGGAGGCAGGCGCCAGAAGUUGAGAUCGUUGAACGCUUCUUCGUGGAACGUGGAGGGGUUUCGCCCGGCGGGCGCGACGUCACCCGGCGGCGCGGUGGAGCUCGAAUCGACGGUC